UGUUCCAUCAGUGCACGAUUCACAUAAAAACAUUUUUCCCGCACAGAGUGAGAGUUGUUGCUAAGAUGGCGGCGCGGUGGGGAGCAGGCGAGGAGCUGUUAACUGCCUGCAACAUGGAAUUUUUUUCUACAAAUACACUAGACGAGGCGGUGAUCCUCCAUGGGGGCCUGUCUAGUGACAAUAUGGCCAGUCUGGAGCUGGAGACAGAGGCUCUGGAGGCCCUCCACUGCUGUCUGGACCCCUCCAUACUGUCCAUCUUUGAGGACACAACCACAGAAGAGAACACCUUUUUUUCUUCUCAGAAUAAAGUUGGACUUGAUGAGGAUAACGAGGCGACGCUGCUCACAGCUCUGACUGAGAUCCUGGAUAACGUGGACGACGAGAACCUGUCCCCCUUCGACACACUGCCAGACUCUGACCUACUGACUGGCCAAAAAGGCCGGGAACACUCUCCGCUGAGGAGACUGCUGUGCUUGUCCCACUCGCCUCCAGAGAGAGAGACACUCUGCCACACACGACAGUUCUCCACCGGAAAGAGUCUCCCCAGGACACAGAAGUCUGUCCAGAGGAGUGAUGGAGAGGAGGAAGAGGACGGAGAGGCCUUUUCUCCCUCCCUGAGCCCAAACAGACAGUCCUCGUCCCCAGAGCAAGAGCUCCUGAACUGGGGUGACCUGUCCCUGCCUCUCCCUCUGGCUCUGGAGCAGCACAUGGAGGAUGAGGGCGAGGAUGGAGAGAGCAUGUCAGUGAGUCUAGGAGAGCUGGUCAGACACAUGCACCCCUAUUGCAUGGCAGUGUGCGUGGAGGAUGAAGAAGGGGAAGAACGGAUGCUGGCGGAGGAAGGGAUACUGCUGGAGGUGGUGGAACAGGGAGAGCAUGGCGAAACGAUAUUUGCCAUCCCAGACAUGGGCAUCCCUCACUCUCAUCUCUCCCUCUCCUUGCCAGGAGUAGAAGACUCGUCCAAAGCAGAGCAGAGGGUUCCAGAUGAAAUUUCGGAGGCAGAUAUGUUGGAAACGCCUGAGUCUGAGUUGGCGAAUGAUGAUGUCGUAGUUGACGAUGACCCAGCAGAGGUGGCUGGCUCUUCUGCCGCGACCCUGAGGUCAAAAGCAAGGGGUGAGAAGGUUAACAGCAAACCAAAGGAGGAGACUGUUGAAAGAUGUCUGUCUCGAAGGAAAAAUAAACGGAAAAACAAAGAGAAGAUUUCACCUGCUGAGGUCACUCCUGAACCUGCCCAGGCAGAGGGGAGGGUCCUGCGGAGCGCGUCCAAUAGGAGAGCAGCCCAGGAAUCCUCGCCCCGGAAGCCCAUGAAGGAGACGACCAAACCAGAGAAGAAGAAAAUGGACAAAGAGUCGUUUUCUUCUGCCAUAUCUAUGGCCGCCCCCGAAGCCCCAAAACACAAGACGAGAGCGACACAUACUGCCGAAACACAACACACACAGCGGCAGAGCCAUGUGGAAGUCACAACCCUACAAUUAUCCACACGCCCCAGCGUUAAGGUCAUCCCCGCCUCUGACCAUGUGUCAAAGGUCAUGGCCUCUGACCUAUUGCCAAUGACUAUGACCCCCGAGAAGGUCCCCCAACCAACCACAGGCUGCGAGAUGCUUCAAGGUCCCCUAGCUUCUGCAGCUAACCCAACAGCCCCCCAGACGAUGGCAGCCCCCCAGGCAAUGACAAUCAACCCUGCAGCACCCCAGUCUCUGAACCCCAGUGAAGUACCUGUGUCAGUGGCCCCUCAGGCAACAAUGCAGUCCAACAGUGCCUCUCUAGGGGCCCCCCAGGUGAUGCCCCAGCCCAUUGAGGCCCCCCAGGCUAUUGAGCCCAAGCCUAAGCCCCUGUCCCUCCAGCAGUACCGGCUGCUGCGCCAGCAGAAGAAACCGGCCCCUGUAGAGAGACCGGAGGACCAGAGCACCAAGUGGCCCAGCCUCCCUGAUGCCCCUACAGAGCUGCCCCCCAUCCCCUGCCUCCCCAUCCCCUCUUCCAGAGACCCCCGUCGCCCCCACCCCUCCCCAGGGAAAAAUAAGGAGGUGGAGGAGGUGAAAGAAGCCUGGCAGCCCAUGGGACCAGGAGCACCUCCUACACCUGAAGCCCUGCUGGUGCCUCCUGCUUACAUGCUGGCCUCCAAAUCAUCUUCCCCUAGCAAGGCUACUAGUGCAAAUGCAUCCCCUACCACCCCUCCCCAGCAAGCGGCUACGCCACAGCCAGCUAAAGCUAGCCAACCCCAGCCCCCCAUCUCCGCUGUGCCUGUAUCCAGUACUGUGACGGUAGUACCCCCAUCACCCCAGACCCCCUCUACCCAGCCCCAGAACCCUUCUGUGAAGCGUAAUAUACCCCAGGCCCCCCAGCCUGCACUGCUCCAGUCCCAGCUACCCUCCUUGAAGCCUGUAGUCCUUAUCAAAUCUGAGAGCUCCAGUGGAGCCUCUUCUAAAACCACUACAGAUGCCCACAGGCCCACCCUAAUUGCUACUGUAGCCCAAAAACCCACCCCCAUCGCUGCUGAUUUACCAGAGAAAAUGUUAAACCGCACCACCAACGCUGCUGCUGUUUUUGUCCAGAAAUCUACCCCUGCUGCUCCUCUGAAGGUGGCUGCAACUCUCCAGAAGGGAGUAGUUACUCUGCCCCAGCCUAAGAUGCCUGAGCUGCCUACAGUCACUCCUGGGUCUACCCCAGCCAAGCCCUCCACCACCCAGGCCUCCAAACCUCCAGUGAGGUGUACUACAGCCCAGGAGGCCCCCAAAGCCAAGAGCCCUACUCAGGAGCUGAUAGAGGCCUUCACCAGUGAAAUCGGUAUUGAAGCGGCUGACCUCACCAGCCUGCUGGAGCAGUUUGAAGAGACACAAGCUAAAGAGGAGCAGUAUGUUCUGGAGGUCUCUGGUAGAGCAGCAGCUGUAGGAAACUCUAGUGUGGAGCAGCCAUGUGACAGGACAGUCGUGGAGACUGUCAGCGCGCAUGACCUGGCAAGCACUGCAGGUCUGACCCCUCCAGCUACCCCUCCUCACCAGAUGUGGAAGCCCCUGGCCCCCGUGGCCCUCCUUGGGAAGAGCCGAGCGGUUGAGGCCCCCAAACCAUCGCCCUCCAAGGCCAUCCAGAUCGACGCGCGGCCCCUGCCCUCCAACAAGCUCCGAAGCAAGCCCCCCAGCCCAUCUGUAAUUCCCACCCCCAACCCGGUGGCUCUCACCCUGGCUUUCUCAGACCACGACUACUGCCUCCCUCAGAAGGAGCCUGUAGCUAUUGCUGGAGAGCCAGGCAAGCGCUGGAAUGUCAAACAGCAAGCAGCCAUCACCAUCAGGACCAUCGAGCCACUUGGCAGCACCACUACCAGGGCACCCCAGAGGAUCCCUGCCCCCUCCCUCCAGACCCUCAUCCCUGCCCUGGGUACAAAGACCCAGCAGGCUCCUCAGCCCCUGGAUGUAAAGACUGACAGGACUAGCUCUGUGCUGGGGACCCCUGAAGCCUCUCCCACCAGGCUGGAGCAACAGUUCGGUCCCCUGGAGAGGAGUCCCAAGAAAGAGAGGUCCUACCGGGGCUACAACACUACCUGCUCCCCCAUGCCUAGUUCCAGCCCCAGGGAAGGAAAGCGAGGACGGGAGAGGAAAAGGAGACCCCACCAUUCCUCCAGCCCUUGUUCUACUGACUCUGAGUCAGACUUUCACUCCUCUUCUCAGUCUAGAUCUUGCUCUCCACCCAGGAAGAGGUACAGGCCUCGUCACUCUAAGAGCAGCUCCAGUGCUUCGUCUUGCUCCUCUCGUUCCUCCUCUCCUUCCCUGUCCCGCUCUCCACCCAGGCGGCGGUAUUCCUACUCCUCUUCCCGAUCAGGAUCCUGGAGUACGUCCCGUUCCCGCUCUCCCCACAGACGGGCAUGGCGCAGAGGCAGCAGACCACGCAGCCCCUCUCUCAGACCAGGCUACCGGUCUGAAUCUAGAGAAAACAGCCAGGAGGUGAAGAGACUUAAAGAAAAAGCGAUCGAGGAGCGUAGGGUUGUUUACGUAGGGCGAAUCCGGGGGACAAUGACUCGCAAAGAGCUGAGGGAACGCUUCUCUCUGUACGGAGAGAUUGAGGAGUGCACUCUACACUUUAGAGACCAUGGGGAUAAUUAUGGGUUUGUGACAUACUACGAUACGAAGGAUGCGUUCACGGCCAUCGAGAAUGGCGGCAAGCUCCGUAAGCCUGAUGAACUCCCCUUUGACCUUUGCUUCGGGGGAAGGAGACAGUUCUGCAAGGCCAGCUACGCUGAUCUAGAUUCUAACCGUGAGUAUGACCCGUCGCCCGCAAAGGGCAAGUUUGAUGCACUUGACUUUGACACUUUACUGAAGCAGGCCCAGAAAGGUCUGAAGAGGUAACAGAGGUCAGCCCACUGGGGGCGCCACGCUAAGACUUACCUCAGAGCCGUCGGCAGGCUCCUCCCACCUUCAACGCUGCCUUCGCCUUGACCUAGGGGUGGAUCACAACGCAUGGUCGAAACGUUAGCCAGCUAACAUUGAUAAACAUACAGAUGUAGCUCUCUUUUCUGGUUAAUAAAAAAAGCUACAGUUUAAAGCCGCAAUCUGAAAAAUGAUCAAUAGUAGUAAAACGUUAUAUUUUGGGUUAUGAGAGGGUAAGGCAUUGUAAGAAGCUCAUAGCACAUUUAAAUUAUAUUCAAAUCAAUGGCAUCAAUGUCAUUAAUUGAAUCAAUACAUCAGAAUAUGUAUCAUUAAUUGAAAAUGGUUGGACGGCAGGAAGUCUUUUUUUUUAUUUUUUAUAUGGGUUGUUUAAGUGUGAAAUCAUUUAUGCCAUGUUCAUUUCAAGCCGGUCUACCUUUAUGAACUCAAAUGUUAUUUUUGAAAUGACAGCUGGCUAACGUAUUAUCCUGCAUUGUGACAUAGCUACCUGUCUUUAUUUAGGUAGGUUUUUGUGUUUUUGUUUCUGCAAGCUUACACCUUCUAUUGAAGUGAAGAUUUGUAUGAAAAGAUUAAAAGCAAAAAAAAAAGAUGAAUGGAAACUUUUUAACAGGAAAGAAUUUAUUUAAAUGUAUAAUCAGAUUUUCCACAAUGUAUGGAAAAAAAAAUACAUUUUAGAAAUGGGGGGGGAAAUACUUUUAAAUAAAUAUUCCCUGAUUAUUUGGGAGAAGGUGGAACUCCAUUGCUGAAAUGUACCGCAAACCUAAAUAAACCAAAAAUUAAAACUG